AUGACAAAAGUUUACGAAGUAGAAAAUAUUAUAGGACAUAGAAAAAAAGGAAGUUAGAUUGAAUACCAUAUCUAAUGGAAAGGCUACUCUCUCAAAUAAGCUACUUAUGAACCUGCUAAAAAUAUUUUAGAUAAGAAUAUGCUUAAAAAAUACCAAUAAAAGCAUUUACUUAGCAAUGAUAAACCUUAGACACCCAUUAAGAAAUCAAUUAAAAAAGGAGCUUCAACUCAUUAAACACGUAAAUCUAGCUCAACUACUAAGAGAAGUGUUAAAAAAUCAGUUGAAAAAGCAUCUAAUCCUAAAUCUACUCCUAAAUUAGAUAAAAAAGCAUUAGAUCCAGUGAAGGAAAUUCAUAAUUAUUAAAAGGAUGUCAGUAAACUUCUUUUAAAGAGUGAUAUAACCUCCAUAUUGCACGUUUUUAAGGAUGAUGGAAAAUCUCUUUACACAGUCACAAUUGGAAAACAUCCUAAAUAAUAUUUAGUAUCAAGUAGCUAAAUUGCUAAGUAUGCUUCUCCCGAUCUCAUAGUUAGAUUCUAUGAAAAGCUAAUCCGCUGA